UCGAUGCGGCCAUCGUUUAGGAGGACUUUUAGAACCUACAAAUUCAUUUCCGCCGGAUGCUCUAAAUACGGAAGCGGAACUGUCAUUUCCAACACACGUGAGCUGAUUUUCACAAGAAUUGCCAACAUGUCUCACUACAAUUUCAAAAAGAUAACGGUUGUUCCCCCGUCUAAGGACUUUGUGGAUAUUGUUCUAUCGAGAACACAGCGCAAGACGCCAACGGUUGUUCACAAACAUUAUAAAAUCUCACGAAUCCGCAACUUCUACAUGAGAAAAAUCAAGUUCGCCCAGCAGACGUUUCACGACAAACUCACACAGAUUCUUACGGACUUCCCCAAACUGGAGGAUAUCCACCCAUUCUAUGCGGAUCUGAUGAACGUGCUGUAUGACAAAGACCAUUACAAGUUGGCUCUGGGACAGAUCAACACGGCCAGACAUCUCAUAGACAACGUCGCCAAGGACUACGUUCGUCUGUUGAAGUAUGGCGAUUCCCUGUACCGAUGUAAACAGCUGAAGCGUGCUGCUCUUGGCAGGAUGUGUACGAUAAUGAAGAGACAGAAGCAGAGUUUGGAGUAUUUGGAGCAGGUUCGGCAGCACCUGUCUCGUCUCCCUUCCAUUGAUCCCAACACGAGGACUCUACUCAUCUGUGGCUUCCCCAACGUUGGAAAGUCAAGCUUUAUCAACAAGAUAACGCGAGCGGAUGUUGAUGUCCAGCCGUACGCCUUUACGACGAAGUCUCUCUAUGUGGGACACACUGACUACAAGUAUCUACGGUGGCAGGUGAUUGACACUCCAGGAAUUCUGGAUCACAGUCUAGAAGAUCGGAACACUAUAGAAAUGCAAGCGAUCACCGCCCUCGCUCACAUCCGGGCGGCCAUCUUGUAUAUUAUGGAUUUAUCAGAACAGUGCGGCCACUCCUUGGAAGAACAAAUUUCCCUGUUUGAGAAUAUCAAGCCGCUGUUCACCAACAAACCUCUGAUCGUGUGUGUAAAUAAAGUUGAUAUCGUCAGACUGAAUGAAUUACCUCCCGAGAAAAAGAAAUUGUUUGAAGAUUUUGACCGGGAUGUCACACCAGUGUUGGAAAUGAGCACACUAACCGAUGAAGGUGUGAUGGCCAUCAGAAAUGAGGCGUGUGACCGGUUGUUAGCUCACCGAAUUCAGGGAAAGAUUCACACGAAGAAAGUGGCAGAUGUCACCAACCGACUUCGUGUUGCUUUUCCAGCCAAACGAGAUGAAAAGGAGCGACCUCCGUGUAUUCCUGAAGCUGUAUUGAGGAAGAAACGAUCAAUGGAAGAAAGCGUGAAACCCAAGAAACGACUGGAACGCGACAUUGAACAGGAACUAGGAGAUGAUUACAUUGUGGAUCUCAGAAAACACUGGGACUUGAAGAAUCCGGAAGAAAAGUAUGACAUUAUUCCCGAGAUCUGGCACGGAAAGAAUGUCGCCGAUUUUAUUGAUCCCGAUAUUCUGCAGAAACUCGAUGAGUUGGAGAAGGAGGAAGAACUGAGAGAACAGGCUGGGUUCUAUGACUCGGAUCAGAGUGAAGAAGAUGAAGAGAUGAUGGAAUUGCGGUCAACGGCCAAACUAAUCCGAGAGAAGCGUCAGAUAAUGAUAAUCGAGUCGCGAGAGAGACGUCGGGUGGAGAAAUCUCACGUUCCUCGGACAGCUAAGAAAGUGAGUCGCUCUCGGAUGGAAGGAGAGAUGGGAGAACUUGGUCUGGACAUGAACAACAUGGAUGAGUCUCACUAUGCGACGGCGAAAUCACGCAGUGCCAGUCGAAAACCACUGAAACGCAAGAGAGAAGAGUCGGCAGACGGACGAUCACAUUCUCGCAGCAAAUCGAGAACUCCUCGCGAUCAGUCCGGAAUUAGAGAUGCUACGAUGGGACGAAAGCUGCGGAAGAUUUCAAAGAAAGCCCAGACCCCGAGAAAUCGCCAAGCGAAGAAAGGAGAGGGCGACAGGGUGAUUCUGAAUAUGAAACCCAAACAUCUCUACGUGGGCAAACGAGGAAUUGGAAAAACAGAUUGGCGUUAAUGUGUUUACCGAUUAUCCUCGUGUUGUUGGGAUUAAAAAAGACUGGGGGAAAAUGCU